AUGUCGCAAGAGGAGGCGAGGGUGCGCGCCAUAGCGGACGUGGUGCGCGUCAUGAUCGACGCCGUCAGGGACGGCAAGGUCAUCAACCUCAACGCCGUCAAGAACGAAGCCGCCCGACGGUACGGCCUGAAGCGGUCGCCGAAGCUCGUCGAGCUCAUCGGCGCCGUGCCCGACGAGCACCGCGAAUCCCUUCUCCCGCAGCUCCGCGCCAAACCCGUGCGAACCGCGUCGGGCAUCGCCGUCGUCGCCGUCAUGUCCAAGCCCCAUCGGUGCCCCCACAUCGCGACGACGGGAAACAUCUGCGUCUACUGCCCCGGGGGACCCGACAGCGAUUUCGAGUACUCCACGCAGUCGUACACCGGGUACGAGCCCACGAGCAUGCGCGCGAUACGCGCGAGGUACGACCCGUACGUUCAGGCGCGCGGCAGGGUGGACCAGCUGCGCAGGUUGGGUCACAGCGUCGACAAGGUUGAGUACAUCUUGAUGGGGGGCACGUUCAUGUCGUUGCCGGCGGAGUAUCGCGACUGGUUCGUGCGUAACCUGCACGACGCCCUGAGCGGCGCGAGCAGCUCUAACGUCGCCGACGCCGUCGCCGCGUCCGAGCACUCGCACACCAAGUGCGUCGGGUUGACGAUCGAGACCCGCCCGGAUUACUGCCUCUCGCCGCACCUCCGACAGAUGCUCGGCUACGGGUGCACGCGACUGGAGAUUGGGUUGCAGUCGGUGUACGAGGACGUGGCGCGAGACACGAACCGCGGGCACACCGUCGCCGCGGUGCAAAAGUGCUUCGAGCUCGCGAAAGACGCGGGGUUCAAGGUUGUGGUGCACAUGAUGCCAGACCUGCCCAACGUGGGCAUGGAGCGAGAUCUGGAAUCCUUUCGCGAGUUUUUCGAAUCCCCAGACUUUCGCACCGACGGAUUGAAGCUCUACCCCACGCUGGUCAUCCGGGGCACCGGGCUGUACGAGCUGUGGCGCACGGGACGGUACAAGAACUACGCCCCGGACAGGCUUGUGGACCUCGUCGCGAGGGUGCUCGCGUUGGUCCCGCCUUGGGUCAGGGUGUACAGGGUGCAGCGCGACAUACCGAUGCCGCUCGUCACCGCGGGGGUUGAGAAGGGUAACCUGCGGGAGCUCGCGCUCGCGCGUAUGGGUGACCUCGGGUUGCGUUGCAGGGACGUCCGUACGCGGGAGGUUGGGAUCCAAGACAUCCACUCGAAGGUGAAACCCCGGGAGGUUGAGCUCGUGCGCAGGGACUACGCGGCUAACGGGGGAUGGGAGACUUUUUUAGCGUACGAGGACCCGGGGAGGGACAUUUUGGUCGGCUUGCUCCGUCUGCGACGGUGCGGCCGCACCGCGGGGAAGACGUCGCCGGAACUGAAGGGUAGGUGCUCGAUGGUUCGCGAGUUGCACGUGUACGGCAGCGCGGUGGCGGUGCACAGUCGCGAGCGGGGAAAGUUUCAGCACCAGGGCUACGGCACUUUGUUGAUGCGGGAAGCUGAGCGCAUCGCGCGCGACGAGCACCGGAGUAAAAAGUUGGCGGUGAUAUCCGGCGUGGGCACGAGGCACUACUACCGCAAGCUGGGGUACGAGCUGGAGGGGCCGUACAUGGUCAAGUCGCUGCGAUGA